UUUUGAUGAUUUUGGAAAUAAUUUUAGAGUGAAACUAAAGGAUAGAGCCAAAGAAGAAGGUGUCAGAAUCGGCGAAAAAAUGGCAAUCAAAAUUAUUUUGGCUGCGCAGGAAUCUUCCUGGAAAUUAACCAUCGCCAAGUAGAUUACAUCAGAAUCCUUUAUAUUUGCAACCAACCCAUCAAUCGAUUUCAUCCCUCUUCUCUACUCAUCAAAAACUACUUUGAAAGAAUUUUCCACUUCUGCUUGAACCAAACAGGAGUCUGAAUUUGCCUGUGUUUUGUACAAAGAUACGAAGCUCUCGUAGAAGAUUUGGGGUUGUUUCGUUUGUUGGAGUUCUUGUGAAGUGAUGGGUGGGAAAAGUUCUAAGCAUGGAAGUUCAAGACGGAAUUCGUCUAGUCGGUCGAACUCACAGCAGUGGGGUCAUUAUGGUUAUCCGGAGUCGCCAUAUACUCAAUCGAGAAGCACACCUCGGUAUGCACCUCCAACUCCUAGCUAUGGUGGAACUCAAGCCCCUGAGACAAGAAAGAGGCUGGAGAGGAAGUACUCAAGGAUAGAUGAUAACUAUAAUAGUCUAGAUCAGGUUACUGAGGCAUUAGCUCGUGCUGGCCUGGAGUCCUCGAAUCUUAUCGUUGGUAUAGAUUUCACAAAGAGCAAUGAGUGGACAGGUGCAAGAUCAUUCAACCGUAGAAGUUUGCAUCAUAUUGGAGAUGAGCAAAAUCCCUAUGAACAAGCAAUAGCAAUUAUUGGGCAAACAUUAUCUUCCUUUGAUGAAGAUAAUAUGAUUCCUUGCUUCGGUUUUGGAGAUGCAUCCACUCAUGACCAAGAGGUUUUCAGCUUUUAUUCCGACGAGCGAUUUUGUAAUGGAUUUGAAGAAGUGUUGGGUAGAUACAAGGAACUGGUGCCGCAUCUUCGACUUGCAGGACCGACAUCUUUUGCACCUAUCAUCGAAAUGGCUAUCACAAUUGUCGAGCAAAGCGGCGGCCAAUACCAUGUAUUGGUAAUAAUAGCUGAUGGUCAGGUCACAAGAAGUGUUGAUACUGAGCGUGGACAGUUUAGCCCACAGGAAAAGAAAACCAUUGAAGCAAUAGUGAAAGCUAGCAAAUAUCCCCUGUCGAUUAUACUAGUUGGAGUUGGAGAUGGGCCUUGGGACAUGAUGAGGGAAUUUGACGACAAUAUCCCAGCUCGAGCCUUCGAUAACUUCCAAUUCGUGAAUUUCACAAACAUAAUGUUAAAGAAUAUAGAUCGAUCCAGAAAGGAAGCGGAAUUUGCUCUUGCAGCACUCAUGGAAAUACCCUCCCAGUACAAAGCAACACUGGAGCUUGGUCUUUUGGGUGUCAGUAGAGGGAAGGCAAUCGACCGGAUUCCUCUUCCCCCUCCUUUUUAUGGACCUAGUAUUCAAAAAACCUCAAACUCAAGCAGUUCUCGCCCAACGCCACCCUCAUUUAGUGGAGUUGCUCCUGUCCGAACCGCACCUCCUCUAAGUUCAGUUUCCGAUGCCCAUGCUUGUCCCAUUUGCAUCUCCAAUGCUAAGGAUAUGGCUUUUGGCUGUGGACAUCAGACAUGUUGUGAAUGUGGACAGGAUCUUCAGCUAUGUCCCAUAUGCCGCAGCUUUAUCGACACAAGGAUAAAGCUUUAUUAGAAAAAAAAAACUAAAACCCUCUGCUGAUUCUUUCUCAUGUCACAAUAUCAACUCCAGCAUCUUGCUUGAGUCAUCUUUGCAACUCCUUUACUGGGCUCAAAAAGUGUCAACUUGGUAAGUCGAACAAUAUAAUUUUGUAAAUAUCCAUAGUUUUUCCCUCCUCCGAUUUUCAGUCAUGUUUUCUCUUGUCAUUCCAUAAAAUAUCUAGAAAUGAUAUUUGUUAAUCUCCCCGGGGCAACAAACGACCUCAAAUUCUUUAUGAAACCUAGUUUCACAUUAGUUUGAAUGUAAUUACAGCGUCUUUAGUGGGACAUGAGAACUUAGGUACCUCAUUGGCAACGACAUUGAACUCCACCAAACACCUUCACAAAAAGAGGCAAUUGCUUGAUUCCUAUACGUUAUAGAGAGAAGUAGACUAGGCAAACUUCACGCUCAACUUCUGUAGCCUGAGUUUCUGGCAAAAUAACUUACGGUGUUUCUUGAAUGAGCUAACUUUUCUGCCGAUAUUACUCAAUUCAACUAAGUGAAGAAGUUAUAUAAACAAUUUCACCUCCUCCAAUGAUGCUCAGACCAAUCAACAUGGCCAACCAUAGACAUUUUUCUGCAGUACUCAAUGUACUGAAAGCCACCGUUGUGCUACUGCUACAAUGUACAAAAAUCCGUUCUGUAGUCGGAGUUUCUCUAGCAACGCAAACAGCAGGAAGGUGGAAUCUUCUUUUGAAUAACACUGGCGUGAUAGCCAUGCACAUGGCUUUAACACACUACGACACUGUUGUUAUAUUUGAUCAAACUAGUGCUGGGCCGUCUGGAUAUCGACUCCGACGACGAUUUGGGGGAAAAUUAUGUACAACGUCUGAUGCUGACAUGAUAGACCCCACCUGCUAUGCCCAUUCUGUGGAGUAUGACAUUUCAAAGAACCAAGUCAGAGCUCUCCGAAUUUCUUCUGAUACCUGGUGCUCCUCUGGUUCCUUCCUGAGCAAUGGGACGUUAUUACAAACAGGUGGUUAUGGUAGCGGGUCUCGAAGAAUCCGCAACUUCAGACCUUGUAAAGACCAUCAUUGCAAUUGGAGUGAAUCCAAUAAGUUGUUAUCAAAUGCUCGUUGGUAUGCUACAACUAUAGUCCUUCCCGAACACGAUCGGUUAUUUGUGGUGGGUGGUAAGAGAACCUUCAAUUAUGAAUUCGUUCCAAAAAUGGGGAAAGAGAAGUCGUAUGAUCUCCCAUUCUUGCAUCGGACUUUUAACAAUCGUGAGGGAGGAAACAACCUCUAUCCCUUUGUUCAUCUCUCCACUGAUGGGAACUUGUUCAUUUUCGCCAAUAGAGACUCUAUUCUAUUCAAUUAUAGACGAAACAAAGUGGUGAAGACAUUUCCUCGAAUACCUGGUGGGGGAGCCCGGAACUACCCUGCCACUGGCUCCUCAGUGAUGCUCCCAUUAGAUCAUAGAAACAAGUUUCAAUUGGUCGAAGUCAUGGUAUGUGGGGGCUCUGUUACCGGAGCUUACAGAGCAGCACGACGUGGGCAGUUCAUGAAAGGUCUGCGAUCAUGCGGAAGAAUGGUGAUCACUGGGAACAGACAUAAAUGGAAUAUGGAAAAUAUGCCAGAACCUCGGCUCUUACACGAUAUGCUAAUCCUUCCCACGGGCAAUAUUUUGAUCAUCAAUGGCGCUAAAACUGGUUGUGCAGGAUGGGGGAAUGCAAGAAACGCGUCCCUUCGACCCUAUCUCUACAAGCCCAAAAACCAACUGAACAGAAGAUUCUCAAUCCUGAGAUCAACUAAAAUAGCAAGAAUGUACCACUCAUCAGCGAUCGUUCUCACCGAUGGAAGAAUCUUAAUUGCCGGUGGAAAUACCCAUAAAAAUUACACAUAUAGUAACGUACCUUACCCAACAGAACUCAGAUUACAAGCAUAUCACCCACACUACAUUGAGUCAAAAUACAACUAUCAGAGGCCAAAAAAUGUGACGAUACACUACGCUCGCGGAGAUUACGGCAUCAAAUAUGGUGGAGAGUUCACGGUUCAAUUCAAAUUGGGGAGAAGGAGGAAGGAAGAUGCUAUAGAAUUUAACGUUUACGCCCCGCCAUUCGCGACCCACUCGUUUUCGAUGAAUCAAAGGUUGGUGAAACUAAGGAGGAAGAGAAUGAAGAGAGACGGGAAUGGGGAAUGGAUGAGUGCCGUUGUGGAGGCUCCGCCGUCGGCAAAUGUUGCACCGGCGGGUUAUUACUUGUUGACGGUCGUUCAUGGAGGAAUUCCCAGCGUUUCUCGGUGGAUAAGAAUCAUACAUUCCUAAUUCAACUUUAGUCUCUCUUCCUAUAUUUACUUUUAACUCAAUAACUAUUAAUCUACAACUUCUAAUUUCUUAUAUAAAUACUUUCUUUUUGUUUUUGCUAAA